CUGACAUGGCACCAGCAUCCUGUGCUCUCUGCCAGAAGGCCAAGGCAAUCAUCAAGCGGCCAAAGACAGGCCAGUCGAUUUGCAAGACAUGCUUUUUCGAUGUCUUCGAAACAGAAGUCCACAGAACCAUCACCGACACCCGUCUUUUUAAUCGUGGUGACAAGGUAGCUAUAGGCGCUUCUGGAGGGAAAGACUCCACUGUCCUCGCCUAUGUAAUGAAAACUCUCAAUGACCGCUAUGACUACGGGCUUGACCUCUAUCUGCUGUCGAUCGACGAAGGUAUCACAGGGUACAGAGAUGACUCACUGGAGACCGUGAAGCGAAAUCAGCUUCAAUACGACAUGCCGUUGAAAAUUCUUUCCUAUGACGAGCUCUACGGCUGGACCAUGGACGCCGUCGUUUCAAAGAUAGGGAAGAAGAACAACUGCACAUUCUGUGGUGUUUUCCGUCGACAGGCUCUUGACAGAGGUGCUGCUUCUCUUGGCGUCGAACAUAUUGUCACUGGUCACAAUGCUGAUGACAUUGCUGAGACCGUCCUCAUGAACAUUAUGCGUGGUGACAUUGCACGCCUUGGUCGUUGCACCUUGAUCUGUACGCAAGGUGAAGAUACUAUACAACGGUCCAAGCCUUUCAAGUACACGUACGAAAAGGAGAUUGUCAUGUAUGCCUACUUCAAGAAGCUAGACUACUUUUCAACAGAAUGCAUCUACUCGCCUGAUGCAUAUCGCGGUCACGCACGAGCCUUUCUGAAGGACUUGGAGGCUGUACGACCGAGCUCCAUUAUCGACAUCAUUCACUCGGGCGAAGCAUGGGAGAUCACUGAGAAAGUCAAGGCAACGCAGAAGCAGCAACAAAUCUGUCGACGCUGUGGAUACAUGUCAAGCAACGAGUUAUGCAAAGCAUGCACCCUGCUAGAGAGCCUCGAGAAAGACACGACACGAGGGGGAUCAGUGCGCAUAUUUAAACCUCACAAUGUUUAGGUUUUCUCAGUCUACCUCCACUUGACAGUGACUGUUUAUACAGAACAUCCUAUUUGGAGAGCAGCGGCCCAUG